AUGAGUGGUGAAGAUAUAGUUCGCGAACAAUUUUCCGCCUUACAAAAACAACAAAAAGAACGAUUGAAUCAAUUAAAAGAAAAAUCGAUUAAGAAAAAACCAUCUACAGUUGAUGCUAGUGUUUCAAUGAAUUUUGAAGUGGACUCUGGUCCAUUUCCAAUUGAAGAGAAUAAUAAUCUCAUCGCGUCGGUUAUUGCUAGUCAACAAGAAAGUUUAAAUGAACAAAUUCGAGAACUGCGUGAUGAAAAUGGUCGUCUUCGAAAAUUGUUAGCUGAAAAAGAUUAUGAAGUCGGUUAUUUACGUCGUAUUCAAGAAGAAGAACGCCAAGCAUUUAUAGGCACGAAUACAGUGGGUGGUGAUGCAAUAGCAACGAAAGUUGUUGAAUUAUCGAAGAAAAAUCGUGAAUUAUCUUCUGAGUUAGAAAGUGAACGAGCAAAGUUAAAAAAGUUAUCCAUCAAAUGUAAAGAACUCGAAUCAACAAAUAACAAAACACAAGGUGAUAUACAACGAACUUCAGUCGUUGUUGAUGAAAAUAAAGCAGAAAAAGAACUGAAAGAAUUGCGUGAUAAAGUUAAAGACUUACAAGCACGCCACACAGAAGCCAAGUCUCAACUCGAUAUUACAAAACAAGAAUUGAAAAAAACACAGAAGGCUUUGGAAAAAGAAGUUGGUGAUAGUGUAAAUAUUCAAGCUAUAUUAAAUGGUACAGUUAAUUGGCGUGGUCGUCAACAGCAAAUCCUUGCUUUACAAGAUAAAGUUAAUGAAUUAAAAGCACGAGCAAACAUGAUGUCUACGAAUGGUUUCAAUGAGGAUUGGGAUGGCAAUUCUUUAGGUUCCAAAUAUGAUGACACGAUGUCUGUUGCUCAACAACGUCAUCGCGAUGAUAUACGUCGUAUUGAACGCGAUCGGAAAGAUUUAUUUGAGCAACAAAAACAAGAAAUGCAAUCGAUACGCAAUGAGCAACAAGCAUUGAAAGAUAAAUUAGAACAAUCGAAAACUCGUAAUACGAUUCUAUCGAAUGAAGUUAAAACAUUACGUGAACAACUGAGAGCAUCAUUAGAUAAAAGCAAACACGACGAUGAACUUGUUGCAGUUCUGCUUAAACAACAACAACAAAUGAAAGUAUCAAAUGAACAAUUACAAAAAGAUUUAGAUAUGAAAAGUAAAAUGAAUACAGAAUUAGAACAAACACAGAAAUUAGAUCAAAUGAAACAAACAAAUAUGAUUAAACAAUUGCAACUUGUGCUUGACCAAAAAGAAACAAAGCUUAGAGAACUUGAAAUGCACUUGGACGAAAAUAGAAUUGAUUAUGAAAAAGACGACACGGAAAUACCUUCAACAUUAGUUAAACCCGACGAAUCUCUCACAUUCGUCAACAUAACAAGUCGGCAUACGCCAGUGCAAAAUGUUACUCUAGCGCCCAUGCAAUUAACUGCUUUAAAACAUUCAACAACAGAUCCAGUUCUUAAUCGUCUUGAAAAGAACGGUUUUACAAAUACAUCCAGCAGUCGACCACCAAGUGCCGCCAAUGCCAAACGAACUUCUGAGGAUAACGAUCUCAAAUGUAUAAAUUCUGCUCUCGAAGUUGAACGAAAUCGUCUUGUUGAUUUUAUUCAAACAUUACAAAAACGCCUUGAUAAUGCAAAUUCACAAAUUGUCGAUCGAGAAAAUAAACUCAUCGAGCAACGUAAAGUAAAUGUUCGCCUAGAAAAAGACAUGGACAAAGUCAAACUCGAUUUAAAUAACGUAAAAAAUCGAACAGUGAAAGGACGUGGAACCGCUCCUUCAUUACCCAAAUCAGUAUCGAUGAUGUCGGACAGUCGUGAAACAAUCGAGGAACUCGAAAUGCGUUUAACUCUUAAAGCCGAAGAAAAUGAUGCGCUCAAAAACGCAAUGAAAUCAAUGUUAGACGCCAAAGAAGAAGAUUUAAAAUUAUAUAAUGAAACCAUACAAUCAGUUAAAGAUAUUUUUCUACAAGGAAUUCAACAUUAUAAACCAUUACAAACAACAAGAGGAUCAACAUAG